GUUUGUUUUAAGAAGGUCGUGCCUUCGCAAUACCUCCUGGGAUGGAGCGGGUUUCUUUCUGAUGCCUUCCAAACCUUACAUGUGGGCUUGGGGUUUAUAGGGUUAAAGGGAGGUGCUUGGGAAAUCUGAUGCUAAAGAAGUCUUAGGAAUGUUACACAUGUUACACAUCCCCCUGCCAGCCUUUCUCAGUAGAUCGGUCACCGAGGCUGCUGCAAGAGGAAACUUGACUCUCCCAUCCUUUAUCACUGUUUGGACCCAGCAGAUUCUCAACAGCUACAAGAACCUGUCCUGGCCGUUCCCUCUGCUCCUCUGCUCAGGUGCCCACCAUGCGGGAAGUGCGGCGGAGCUGGCCCGGGGGCUGCGCCGGUGGGAGGUGUUACGGCUACCUGGGCCUCUGCUUUCUCUUGCUAGGAGGGGGCGGUGCAGACCUGUGCCGGGGCCCCGCGUGCGGCGGCGACGGCGGUGGAGGGGAUCCCGAACCUCCACAGCCCAAACCCUCGUGUCUGCAGCCGGGAGGAGCUCGCUGCCCGGGGAGAGCUGGCCGGCCGUCGCGCUCCUUCCUGCACAGCGCCUCGGCAGGCCGCAGCCAAGCUCAGGUCAAGCAGCCGGUACAACCAGCCCCGGACCCCGCCUCCUCUUCCAUCUCUUCUGCCCAGCCCCGGGCCGCCCCCGUAGACCCCAAGCCGCAGCCAGACCGAGCCGCCGCCAGGGGCGCCCUGGAGCCGAUGGUCGCGUGCGCUGCCGGAGCCGUCUGUGAAGCCGCCGUCGGGGCUCCUAACUCCUCUACUCCGGGCUCCCGGGACUGCAAGGGGCUGGAGUGUCGGCUCCCUCCGUUGAGGCUGGCGCGCCAGAAACACAGAGCCGCCGGCGGCCGGGUCCCUGUCUUCCAGCAACAGGGCGAAGGCUGCGCGGGGACCGGACUAGGGCCAGAAGAACCCACCUUGGUCCGGGUCAACGAGCGAGCCGCGCAGUUCAUCGGGGAGGUGACCCCAGAAUUGGCCCACCCCGCCCCUGACCUAGGGGGCGCAGGCCUGGGCGUGCAGCUCACCUGCGACAUCAGGCCAGGAGAAAAUGAGGUUCCUUCUGAAGAUGCACUUAUCCUGCAACUGCAGCUUGCUAAAGGACAAGAAAAAUUUGUUGAGAUGUUAAAAAACCAGCAGAAAGUAAUUGCUGAUUUGCAGGACAAACUCACUGAGCAACAGAACACACUGAUUAGCCAGCAAAGAGAAAUCCUAGAACAACAGAAAAAAAUGUACGAGCAAAUGAAUCUCAUUAAGGUCCAGUACAGCAUGCUUUUUGACACAGUAAAACAAAUGUCAUUCCAGAAUUUGCAGGAGGACAUCCAGCGUUACUUUCAAACUCAUCUUCAAGGACUUCAGAACCAGGUCAGAAAUCAUCUGCAAAAGUCGUACUCUGUGCAUAAAGUUGAAGUUGAUGCAAAAAUGAUUGAUGUGGGAGAAACUUCACUGGACUGUGGCCUUUGUGAAAGUGAUGAAUUUUGCAAUUUCCAGAAGACACCCUCUCAGUGUGAAAAAUGCACUCUUUGCCCUGCUGGAUUUUUCCAAAUGUCUGAAUGUUCUGCAAACACUGACCGCAUUUGUCAGGACAGAGAUGAAUGCACUGAAUUACCAAAUGUUUGUGGUGAAAGAAUAAAAUGCCUGAAUACCCCAGGUGGCUUCCGAUGCCUGGGCAUCGCAGAGAAGGACGCCGCCCUCGGCUUUUGUGGGGAUGGUUACUUCUUCAAUAGGGAAAUACAAGAAUGCCAGGCUUGUUGGGAGUGUGAUGAUGGCAUGGUGGCUCUCCCCUGCUCCGCAGUCAGUGACACGGUGUGCUCAGCAGCCAUGGAAACCCAGCUCACUAAGUCUUGGGCUGCGGAUCUACAGCUGCCCUCCGCGAAGUCUGCCUCGGUCCAGGUCUAUCCCGGUUUGGACCUUAAGCUAAAAGGGAAGAGGAAAUUCGAUAUUGCCUUCGUGGAGGACAGCAAACUGGUCUUCAGGCAGCAUGGCCUACUCUGGAUUGACCUCAACUUUGCCGUGAAACACAACUGUAGGAAUUUCCUCCAGCUCUCCCUCAAGUCAAAUAGCAGCGAGGAGGGGGCUGAGCUCAGCGGAGUUCGUCUAGAACAGCCCGAAGGAAAGUACUUCCAGAGCGCCAGCUUAAGUAGCGCGGCCGAAGUGGAACCGAGUCAGACCCUGGCGGUGUUCCUGAGAAGCCCAAAUCAGUUCUGCAACCGAAGCAAAGACUUGAACGUGUACGAUCUCACCAGUCCGCUCAGCUUGUUCUGGCUGUCCCACGACACCGGGGCGGUGGCCAUGAGCGCCCAGAUGUCCACGGCCAUGCAUUACCAGACCAACUACCGCCCUACGUUUAAAAUCAGUUCCAUUUCGGAUCCGUACAUGGUCAGCCUCUCUCACGAUGGAAGGGGGGUAAGGUUCACCGAGGCCGGGGUCAUUAAGUUUGUUUUCCACCAGGCUCUGUAUUCCAUGGGUCACACCUGUGUCCGAGAAGGCUUUUCCUUGAUUUCUUAUAUCGGCAGGAAUGGCACCAACGUAGAGCUGAUGAACACGUUCAAAUCGGGAGUGAAUUACCGCGACACUUCUCUGUCUGCCUCGGGGGCAGUCGGAGUCCAGGCUGGAGAUCAGAUUAAUUUUGAGAUUUUCUCGCCAGCCCAGUGUAGCGUGCGCUACUUUGGGGACAGUUUGGGCGUGAGCGCAUUCAGCCUCAUCUGGAUCCCAUCUGCCGUUUCCUCUGCUCUUUCAGCCACCGUUUCCGCAACAGGCCUGCCUACUGGAGCUGUCAGGAACAAAUUUUUGGAUUUCAAACUUGUCACAUCCAAUGAGAAACAGAUCCAGCUGGUUUCUUCUGGACAGUACGCUCAGAGGUACUUCAAGUUUACCGAGAAGGGAGUUGCCAGCGUUGCUUUUAACUUAAAGUUGAUCCACUCUUGUAAUGUGAUCAAAGUUACCUUAAAUCAUUUGAUUGAGGAUCCACCACACCCAGCGCCAAUUGCUCAGCAAAUUGGGGGUCAGAUGCCCGAGGGAAGCAUAUGGACCAGUGUCAGCCUCUGUUCUUCUUUUGAAGUUCACAAUGGUACCAUGAUCUCCAUUUCUCUCGAUUGUGUUCGAGGAAGGAUCAAUCAGAUUUCCCACCAGCGUGGGACCGGCAUAUCAAUCUUAUGGAUCUCAUCUUAACUUUUUUAAGGGCUAGAAAAAACUGAUGGGUAGCUUUGAAGCACCCUCUGGACAUCGUUCAGGAUAAAGCAGUUUGUGAAACUACACAAGGUCUUGUAGAAAUAUCCUUAUUUCAAGAUGUAAGGUUAUUUACCCAAAGAGAAGACUUUCUUUAAAAAAAAAAACAAACCACCAACUUGCACUGUUAAUAUUUCCCUCCUCUAAGAAUUGGAGUUACAGACUCUUGGAUUCAAUCUGGGUUCUAGUUUUUGACAACAUAGUCUUAUUAAAUGCAGGGUCUGUGUAAACAUUACGAGAAAGUAAAAUGAAUAAAAACAAUUUGUCACAGAAAUUCAGUACAUUUAAAUUAAAUCCCAACAACUCUGCACGUGAGUGUGCUUAGUCAAUGUGAACUUGCUCACAUGCAUGUUUGACCAUGGCAAAUUGCUCGACUAGUUAGCUGUUUGGUUGCCAUUAUUAGGUUAAACAACUUUCGCUAAAAAUUCAUAUUACAUGGAAGCAUUAAGUUCAACUUAUAAAUGCAAACCUGAAGGAAAGCAUAUUAAGUAUACUGAUUUUAAUUUAUUUUAAUCACUAUUUAUUUCUUUUGACAUUGCUCUUUUUUAAAACCUAUUUUGGAGGUUUUGUUUCUCUUUUGUUUGUUUAUUAACUUCACUCUUAUUUUGAAUUCUUGCACUUUGUCAUGUCAUGCAUCGAUUCCUCUCUGUGAAGCUUGAGAAUAGAGGUGACUCCCUCUUUGCAUGUUUGCUGAUUAUUUCUGCCCUAGGGAUUGCAUUUUUCCUUUUGAAAAUUGUCUUCUGAAGCACAUACAUGAUAAUGCAAGGGAGGAAAUGCUCUGGCCAUAUGCUGACCAGAUUAUCAGCAGUCAAUUUAGAAAUUUUUGUUGAGAUUGCUUCUUGAGAGCAGAGAUUGUCUUUUACCUGUGUUUGUAACCCCAGCACUUAGUAAAAUGACUAGUACAUAGUAGGCACUUAAUAAAUUUUUACUAACUGUCUA